AUGCAGACGCUGUUCAAACAUUUGUGGACGAAUUUUGUGAAUUAUACACAAGUGGGAAACAGGUUUUACCGAUUUUCCCCUCACGCACUCGGGCAGAUCCCAGCAAAGAUAAUUUGUGAGCGAGAAGGAAGCCAGCUCGCUGUCGCAGAUACUAAUGAGAAAUGGGAAGAGCUGAUCACUUUUGCCGCGCGUAAUGGAAGACUGAAACUUUGGGUUAGUGUCCUCCGGAAGGAAGAGGAAAGAAAGAAGGGACUCAAUCCUUCGUGGAUUUACACAAAUGGAACAAAAGUUUCCCUUCAUGAUGUCGAGAUCAUGGAGUCAGGAAGUUCGUGCUACCAUCUUGAGAGAAAACUACGCUGGAUCGUCACCAACUACGAGAUAUGGUGUUCUGACAGGUAUCCAUUUAUAUGUCAGAGAGAAUAGCUCACAUAAUUUUCAAUGCACCAUGUGAAUGAUGUACAGAUAUUAAUAAAAG